UCCCCAACAGGGAGAAAAGAGUUGCUGAACUCCGUGGACAUGGAUUGCUGCAUGUUCAUCAAACAGGCAGGAAUGGAAGACUCUUGAGUUUGCACUUAAGUGACUGCACAGGGUGUGAAAAGAGAUGGGAUCUCUGUGCUAGAGACGGAGGAAUAAUUGAUUCAAGUUCAGCUGAAAGUUUGGAAAUUACCCGGAUAGAAAGAAGAAAAUGGAAACCAUGCCACAGAAGGGGCAACAGCCCACAGCCUACAGUAAUACCUUUGUCCCAAAGCCAUAAAUCAUCCCUCCUCAGGAGCAGCCUUGGAGAGCAGUGGUUGAUGGAAGCUGGCUCUAAGUAAUCUCCAGGGAGAAAUGUACAAACAGCUGGGAGAGCAAGAAGGAACUGCAUUCUGCUGCAGGAGUUUGUGGAGCGGAAUUUUAGGGUGCUGGAGUGGAUCUCAAUACCAACAUGAAUCUUUUCUGUUUUUCUCUGGAGGGCUCCAUGGACAGCUUGUAUGAGCCGGUCCCAGAACAUCAGGAAGCCAAGGAUGCAACUGCUCCUGAAAGCCAGGCUACCACUCCAGAGAGCACACAGGCAAACUCUGGGCCACCUGACAGGUCCAUGUCUUUGGAGUUCCCUGACUUUGAGAACACACUGAGCAAAAAAAGAAAAUCCAUCCAGAAGUCCAUGUCUGAAAAUGAAGCAUUUGACAGGAAAAAUGUGAAUGGCACACUUUGGCAGGGCUCCAGGAAGCCGGAGAAUGAUUCGUACGUAAGAAGGCACUGCCAGCUUGAAGAAGAUAAUAUUAUUGCUGAUGGAAUACAUUUGCUCCAAGGAAAGAAGAUAGAAGAAACAACAUGUCAGGUGAUAAACUAUGAGCAAUGGAUCCCACCACGAGUACACAAUCCAGGUGUGCCUGGUAACAGUGAAAUGGGUACGGAACCAGACAAUAAAGCUGAGUCCAGGGGAACGUUAAAAAGAUUGCAGAAAUUGGUCCGAACAAAGAAAACAAGUACACAGAGCCUGGAAGAUGUCAAGCACGUUCUGGUUCCCCUCAAUACCUUUGAAGAUGCUUAUCUCUCUGAAGAGGACGAAGAAGCACUAACUUCUUGCAUGAAGCUGCCAAAAGCUCAGGAAAAGAAGACAUGGAGAGACAGCACAAGGAGAAAAGAAGAGACUGAGACCAGGACGGAUUUUAUUUCUGCCUCUCUGGGCCGCUCAUACACUUCCAGACUUAAUAACUUAGGAACUAUUUCCAUCCAUUCUGAAACAGAGUUUCACUUGUGGGGUGACUGGAAGCCGUUUCCUGACAACCAGCUUUGCCCUUGUGACUUUUUAAUUUCAAAAAUAGAAGAAUGGGAAAACUGUACUUGCUCUUCUCAUCAGCCACAUCUUACAUACUCCCUAACUGAUAUGGAUCUACAGUACUCCUGGCGCACGGGCAGCUUUGGAAGCUUUGACCGUUUCAGGCAUCACUCGAUAUCCAAGGCAGAUGACUCAGCUGAGAUAUCUGAGCUGGAGACUAUAAGUGACAUUGGGGAAGCAGUACAAAUCAAAGCAGCAAACAAUGGAGGAAGUCUGAGUAAGAAGAUGAGAGCCAUUUCACUUACCAUGAAGAAAAAGAUGGGUAAAAAAUACAUCAAGGCACUCUCUGAGGAGAUGAAUGAAGAGGGAAAAGAUGACAAUGAUCCUGGUGGUGGAACACACACUGAGAAGGUCUCCCUAAAAACCAGUGACUCUUUGGAAAGUCUUUAUAGUCUGAACAGUGGCCAGAGCUCAUCUAGUGGGGUGACCAGCUGCUCGGAUGGCACCAGCAACAGGGACAGCCUGCGGCUGGAGGACGAGGUGCCCUACACCGGCCCUUUCUGCGGCCGCGCCAAGGUGCACACCGACUUCACUCCCAGCCCCUACGACACCGACUCGCUCAAAAUCAAGAAAGGAGACAUCAUAGAUAUCAUCUGCAAAACUCCCAUGGGCAUAUGGACAGGCAUGCUGAACAACAAAGUAGGAAAUUUCAAGUUCAUUUACGUGGAUAUUAUCUUGGAAGAAGAAGCUGCACCCAGAAAGAUAAAUCCACACAGAGGAAGCAAAAGGACCAAGCCUAAGACAUUGCAAGAGCUCCUGGAAUGUGUCCACCUGCAGGAAUAUGCCUCAAGCCUCCUGCUGAAUGGCUAUGAAACUCUAGAGGACUUAAAGGAUCUACAGGAAAGCCACCUUAUUGAAUUAAAUAUUUCAAACCCAGAAGACAGGGCAAGAUUAUUAUCAGUAAUUGAAAAUCUACACGACUGUGACAUUGAAGAACAGCAGAAAAGUGAGGGUGGUCAGGAGACGCAGAACAUAAGCCCUCACCCGAGUUUUGACAAAUCACAGUUAAAUGACUGUCCAAGAGAUUCUGGCUGUUACAUCUCAUCAGAAAAUUCAGAUAAUGGUAAAGAAGAAGCAGACUCAGAAGCCCUGUCUGACAUGGUGCAGUCAAUAACAAUCAGUGAGUCAAACUGAUUCAGUCCUGCUGCUUUCCUGCAGAUUUUCAGAAAAGACAAUCUCAUUUGUCAGUGUGAUGGCACAGAAGCAGCACACAAAAUAUUCUCAACACUGAAAAUCUACUUUUUUCUGAUUUAUGAUGCUCUAAACUGUUUCAUAUGUGUACACUUGAUAGCUAAAUGUUAGUUGCUAAUAAGAAUUUCUUAUGUUUUUCUUUUCAAUGAAUCCACAGGUAUUUC